UAUUAAUCUGGUCAGUGCAUCAGAACCACCAAAAGGUUCUGGAAACGUUUGGAUGGAAAUCGGGCGAAUGUUUAGACUUGCUUUUGGUUUUAUAUGAAACUGGUGACUAGUAGUUGCGAUUUUUCUCUCUCUGGGAUUUUCAUCUUCUCAUUCAAGAAAUUAAAGUCUAACUGAGGUGAAGAUAUUUGUCGGCUUAUCAAUUGUAUUUUUUAUUUUAUUUUUGGUAUUUCGGUACACUGUCCAUUUCGCAAUUCCCUUAAAUCUCAAUCGUUUCCUCUUGAAGUAUUCCUUAAUCUAAAUGGAAUUAGUUGAGCGUGAAGCCCCUUGUGAAAGGUACAGACAUGGUACAUGGGCACAGCCUCCUUCACGUUGUUGCAAGUCUACUCAUACUUGGGUUGUCUGGGGCAACGAAGAAGGAAGCAGUGAAAAACAAUUCAGGAGUGAAGCCUGCAGGACAAUGUGGCACCUGGGUGAAAGAAGGAGACGGGGGAUUGUUCACUUCUCCCAACUACCCCAGCAAAUACCCCCCAGAAGUGGAGUGUGUUUACAUUAUUGAAGCUCCUCCGAGGCUGUGUAUCGAUCUUUUCUUUGAUGAGAGGUAUUCUAUAGAGCCUUCAUGGGAAUGUAAAUUUGACAACAUUGAGGUGCGAGACGGCCCCUUUGGCUUCUCCCCAAUAAUCGGGCGCUACUGUGGCCAGACCAUCCCUCCCUUCAUCAGGAGCAGUGGACGGUACCUCUGGAUAAAAUUUGUUUCUGAUGCCGAACUGGAGGCAAUUGGAUUUUCAGCCAACUACAACUUCACUGCAGCCUCUCCAUCUUGCUCGGCCUCUCCCAAGUCAGUAGGUGUUGGUGCAGCUUUCACCUGGGACACAUGGAUCCAGGCCUUCCUUCCCAACACCUUCACUGCUGUGUCAGUCACUAGUAGGACAGUGUGGGGUCUGGUCCACCUGGGCUGA